GGUGUUUGCAAAAUGAAUCGCCACCCGACACCCCGGCCUUGCCCCACAUUGCGUUUCGUAAUAAUUAGUUUGCACUUGUCGGGUGAAAGUGCAAGGUAUAAAAGCGUGCAUCCCUGCCCGACAGGCAUUCAGUCGCUCGUCUCACAUCUCAACACAAUGGCAACCAGAGUUAUGUUUGCGUUUUUGGGCCUGCUGGCCGUGGCACAGUGCUUGCCCGCCGCCACCACGGUCAACAUCAACCAACCUGAAUACCAAGUCUCCCUCAACUACUACAACGACGUCGACGACGCCGCGGAGGUCACCACCACUGCCGACGCCCUCGUUGCCGAAACUGCUGCAAAGGUUGUGUCUUCAAACAAGGUCGAAGAACCAGUGGCAGCGGCCGAGAACGAGGUGGUGUCGACCGAGGCGCCGGCCAGCGGCGCCGCCGAGCAGAGCGAUCACGAGCUGAAGCAGCAAGUGACCGAGUUGGCGAACGGCGCCGUGCGCUACGCCUACCAGGGCCAGACGCAGCACGACGAGCAGUCGAGCAGCCGCGUCAGCCACAGCCUGGUGCGCAACGGCCCCCCUGCCCCUCCCGCCCCCGAGAAGCCGUACCACGAGAUCAACCUGCUGCCGGCCACGCAGCAGGGCCAGGUGCUCGCCUACCACGCUGGCGUCGCCGCCACCAACGCCAUUUCCUACCAGCACCAGCACCUGCCCCCGCUGCCACCCCUCAACCCUGCCCACGCUCGCCUCUACCGCGAGCAGAUCUUCACCGUUAAUGUGGCUGCUCCGAGGUAUGGUUACGGCUACACUGUGAGAGGAAUCGAGCGUCCGAGCCAAGAAUAACUGAUGUUAUGUUGAAUGAGAGCUAAUAAAUCGCUUCUAUAUUUUUGUUUAAUGUUAAAAA